AUGUCUUCCAUUCCCUCAGUUUCGUUCACUGCUACAGCCAAAUCACACUCCUACCCUUUGCCUUCUUCACCCUCACUAUGCCUUCCUAGCCGAACUACACUCCACCUAAAGCUUCACAAUUAUGCCUCUCUACAUUGCUCCAAAACCUCAUUCAUCCAUCCCAUCACCGCCACCAAACCCUCCAAAUCCAUCACCAGAAACCUCCGCUCCACCACCCUCACCUCAAUCUCAAUGUCCAUGGAGGCCGGUGUGGGCGUCAUGGGCACCAAACUGGGUAUGAUGAGCUAUUUCGAGACCAAUGGGAAAGUAAUUCCAGUCACCAUAAUAGGGUUCCGGGAAGGAAAUAUAGUCACACAGAUCAAAACAGAGGCGACCGACGGGUACAAUGCAGUUCAAGUUGGGUAUCGGAGGGUUCGGGACAAGAAAUUGACGAAGCCGGAGCUUGGGCAUCUCGAGAAGUCCGGUGUAAUUCCGUUAAGACACCUCCAGGAGUUCCGAUUACAGUCCGUCGAGGGGUUCGAGCCCAACCAGAGGCUAGGUUUUGAUGAAUUGUUCAAGGAGGGUGAUUUGGUUGAUGUUUCCGGCACCACCAUUGGCAAAGGAUUCCAAGGUGGAAUUAAAAGACAUCACUUUAAGAGAGGCCUUAUGACUCACGGAUCGAAGAGUCAUAGAGCCAUUGGAUCAAUUGGGGCAGGAACAACUCCUGGACGUGUGUAUAAGGGAAAGAAAAUGCCAGGGAGAAUGGGAGGGACAAAAAGAAAGAUAAGGAAACUGAAGAUUGUCAAGAUAGACAAUGAACUUAGGCUUGUGAUGGUCACAGGGGCUGUUCCGGGUAAGCCAGGAAAUCUUCUCCGCAUUACUCCUGCAAAGAUUGUUGGCAAGAACAUCCCAAAGAGCUAG